GUGGGAGACACCAUACCCGCCGUGGAGGUGUUUGAAGGGGAGCCAGGGAACAAGGUGAACCUGGCAGAGCUGUUCAAGGGCAAGAAGGGGGUGCUGUUUGGAGUCCCUGGGGCCUUCACCCCCGGCUGUUCCAAGACCCACCUGCCGGGGUUUGUGGAGCAGGCGGGAGCCCUGAAGGCCAAAGGGGUCCAGGUGGUGGCAUGUCUGAGUGUGAAUGACGUCUUUGUGACCAGUGAGUGGGGCCGAGCCCACAAGGCGGAAGGCAAGGUUCGGCUCCUGGCCGACCCCACCGGGGCCUUUGGGAAGGAGACAGACUUGCUACUCGAUGAUUCCUUGGUGUCCCUCUUUGGGAAUCGGCGGCUCAAGAGGUUCUCCAUGGUCCUCGAGAGCGGCGUGGUGACGGCCCUGAACGUGGAGCCGGACGGCACCGGCCUCACCUGCAGCCUGGCCCCCAGCAUCCUCUCGCAGCUCUGAGGCCCCGGCCCGCAGGGGCUCCCCUGCCCUUUCUUGUCUUACCUGCCCAGUCCUGGGCAGAGGGCCCCAGCCCAGCCUCUGCUGAGGCCGCCCGAUGGGAACCGUGGCCAGGUUUUGACAAUAAAUGCAUGUGGAUCGUG